GCGCUACUACCGCCGCCACCGUCCGCCUGUGCCCAGUCGCUCGGACCCAUCGCCACCUCCGGACGCUGCUGCGGGCUUGGAUCUCGCCCGGAAAAUGUCUGAAGAAUUUUCGUUGGCAGAUGCGCUGCCUGAACACUCCCCUGCCAAGACGCCCGCUGUGAGCAACACCAAGCCUGGCCAACCUCCCCAAGGCUGGCCGGGUCCCAACCCCUGGAAUAGCCCCAGUGCUCCACCUUCUGUGCCAGCCGGACCCCCACCAAGUGCAGCACCCUCCACUGUGCCUUUUGGACCAGCGCCAACAGGAAUGUAUCCCUCUGUGCCUCCCACCGGACCGCCUCCAGGACCCCCAGCACCCUUUCCUCCUUCUGGACCAUCAUGCCCCCCUCCUGGUGGUCCUUACCCAGCUCCAGCUGUGCCAGGUCCCACAGGUCCAUAUCCUACACCAAAUAUGCCCUUCCCAGAGCUACCUAGACCAUAUGGUGCACCCACAGAUCCAGCUGCAGCUGGUCCUUUAGGUCCAUGGGGAUCCAUGUCUUCUGGACCUUGGGCACCAGGAAUGGGAGGGCAGUACCCUGCCCCUAAUAUGCCAUAUCCGUCUCCAGGGCCAUAUCCCACUCCUCCUCCCCAAGCCCCAGGGGCAGCACCACCUGUUCCAUGGGGCACUGUUCCACCAGGAGCCUGGGGACCACCAGCACCAUAUCCUGCCCCUGCAGGGUCAUAUCCCACACCAGGACUCUAUCCGGCUCCCAGCAACCCUUUCCAAGUGCCUUCAGGACCUUCUGGUGCUCCACCGAUGCCUGGUGGCCCCCACUCUUACCAUUAAGUUAAGCAUGGACGAAGAGGUGAUGCUUUGCUUUUUGAAGUACGUGUAUAUGCACGUGAAAGACUGCUGGUCUCCCUGUCUCCGAGGGCGCUCAGGAAGGAACAGCUCUGGCACCUCUCAGAGAAGAUAACUGCCUCUUGUACUCGGAUGUGUGCACCAGAUGGGUACAGUCAGCUGAAAACAUGAAAGUUAAUCA